GCACCUCCAAAAGCCAUACCAAAGACUAUUGAAAAUCAGAGAGUGUAUGAUGAAACAACUGUGGAUCCCAAUGAUGAAGAGGUUGCUUUUGAUGAAGCAACUGAUGAAUUUGCACCAUACUUCAACAGGCAGACAGUUCCCAAGAUUCUUAUUACGACAUCAGACAGACCUCGUGGGAGAACAGUGAGAUUCUGUGAACAACUGUCUACUGUUAUACCUAACUCACAUGUCUACUAUCGAAGAGGGCUGGCUUUGAAAAGAAUUAUUCCACAGUGUAUUGCAAGGGACUUCACGGAUUUAAUAGUCAUUAAUGAAGAUCGCAAAAUACCAAAUGGUCUUGUUUUAAGUCAUCUGCCUGAUGGUCCCACUGCUCAUUUUAGAAUGAGUAGUGUCCGUUUGCGUAAAGAAAUAAAGCGAAUUUUAGAGCCCACAGAACACGUACCUGAAGUAAUCCUGAAUAAUUUUACAACACGACUUGGCCAUUCUAUCGGUCGCAUGUUUGCUUCUCUCUUCCCACACGAUCCUCAGUUCAUUGGACGACAAGUAGCUACAUUUCACAAUCAGCGAGACUACAUCUUUUUCAGAUUCCACAGAUAUAUCUUCAAGAGUGAAAAGAAAGUGGGAAUUCAAGAACUUGGGCCACGUUUUACAUUAAAGCUGAGGUCUCUUCAAAAAGGAACCUUUGAUUCCAAAUUUGGAGAAUAUGAAUGGAUUCAUAAGCGCCGAGAAAUGGACACAAGUAGAAGAAAAUUUCACUUAUAA